GGAUUUAAUUCAAUUCGAUUAUUUUGAGAUUGGUUUGUUUUCAUUUUAGAUAGAACAGCUCUAUUAUUAUUCCCACCAAACUUGACAUCAAUUCUUACUGUGAAAACCACAAAAGUCCAUAAGAAUGUAAAAGAAUCUUUAUUGAUGAAAAGACAAGAUUGACAUGCGUAUAAGGGAAAGAACAUGAACCACCAAAUUGGUUUUCAAAGUACGAUAUCUAUAUGUUAUGAAAUUUUGUAUGUAUAGAUAGAUGAAGAUAUUUUUGUGCAUGUGUGCUCAGAUUUGUUAGCAUUAGUGGCUAAAAAUUGCAGAAUCUAAAUCGAGUACUACUAGCAGACAAUUUUUUUUUAAUUUUUUUUCUGUCCCUAACAACUUUCAAAUCUCACAGGUUAUUACAAAACCGAAGUUCCAAGUUUCGUCAUAUCAAAUCUCCUUGAGAUCUUGAUGAAAUAAAAUCCUAAUCUCUUGGAACAUAUCAAACAUGGAGAAGCUUCUUAAUCCGUACGAUAAGCAGUGCAUGAAAAUGGCUAUGCUUAAACAUGAAGAAACUUUCAAGCAACAGGUAUAUGAACUUCAUAGAUUAUAUCAAGUUCAGAAGAUAUUGAUGAAGAACAUGGAGAUCAACAAAUUUACUACCAAGAACAAUCAUGUAAAUUCAGGUCUAGGAACAUUCAUCAGAAGAGUUGACAACGAGAUUGACCGGCCGGCGAAUUUCUCCGGUGGUAAUAAUAAUAUAGAGAUUAUGGAUGAGAGUGAGAUCGAGUUAACCCUUGGUCCCUCGUGUUACGGUGGUGAUGAAAUGAUGAGGAUGAACAAGAAGAAGAAAAAGAACUCUUUGCCGGAGAUGAUGGACGGGAGUUUAAAUUCCGGUCGCCGGAGUUUUUCUUCGUCUUCGACAGGAUCAAGUAAUAACAAUAACAACAAUCUUGAAGAACAAGUGAGGCAAGAAAGAAUGAUGAAACAUCAGAAGCAGCAGCCAUGGCUUCAAGCAUUGACCUUGAAUGUUAUUUGAUAAUAAAUAAUUUUUAAUUUUUAACUGUAUUCUGAAAUAGAUUUGCAUCUCUUUUUUUCAAUUUAGUAGUUUAAUUUUUAUUUUCUGAUGAGAUUGUUUUAUCAUGCCUCAUAUCAGGUGAUUUUUUUUCCUUUUUAUUUAAUGCUUAUCAGUAAUUUUCUUGUUUACUAGUUCUUUUUAGGGUUUUUGUAAAUAAAAUCAAUAUUAAUGUUUUAUUGUUUCUGAAGAUAAAUAUUAAUUAAUUUCGAGCACAAAAUUUAUCAGGUGAAGUA